AAAGAGAGAGAGAGAGAUGUGAUAACAGUGACAGAAUUGUUCUAUGAUGACAACCGGAUUAAUGUUUGACGCUCUGUCAUAUUAAAGAAUAGUCACAUUACAAAUCCGUGUCGGACACAUCAGAGUCAGACCGAACCUCGGAGUCAACAUCUUUGCGUGUGGAUUCCAACUUGAAGAAGAAUUUUGGCGGUUAAUUACGUGUCACAGGCUCUGCUGGCCCUGGCAUCUCCCUCUGGACCUGGGGUGUGUCGGGGGCUAUGGUGAGGACAUGUGCCUCAGCGGGAGGACUGGAUGUCAUGGAGGAGAUGGAUUGGGGCUGCGGAGAAGAUUGGGUAAAGUGUUGGAGAGAGGAGGGCUGGGCACAAAGCUUGGGAAAGAGAGAAGACUGGAGAGAGGGAGGGCAAGAGAGAGAGGGCAGGGAACCAGGACAUGGCUGGGGCAGGAGACAAGGCUUGGGAGAGACCUGGGUCGAGGCCUGGGAGGCUGGUCAUUCACCCUGCUGGUCCUGCUCCUCCUACUCUCCCCGGUGUUCCCCCAGUGCCCUGACAGCUGCCACUGUGUGUGGGAGAGCAGCAUGGUGCUGUGUACGGACGCUGGGCUCCGUGAGUUCCCCCAGGGCCUUCCUCCGGACACCGUCACCCUCCACCUGGAGAGGAACUACAUCCGCUCGCUCCCCGAGAGCGCCUUUAGAGAGCUGACCCACCUGAGGGAGCUGUAUCUCUCCCACAACCGCAUCGACACCCUCUCCUCCGGGGCCCUGCGCCACCUGAGCUCAGAGCUCCGUCUCCUGGACCUCUCCCACAACCUGUUACGCCAGGCCAGCCGGGACGAGUUCAGUUCCACCCGGGCCAAGACGCGCCUCUACCACAACCCGUGGCACUGCGACUGUACCCUGCAGGAGCUGAUGGAGACGUUAAAUCUAGAGCCGGAGACGGUCAACGGGAUCGUGUGUGAGAGCUCGGUGAGGAGCGCCGGGGAGGUGAGUCGCUGGGAGGAUCCAGGGGGUGCUGGGGAGCACGCCGGUCAACCGCUGGUUAAGUUGCUCGACUCUGGGGUGAACUUCUGUAAUCUCCAGCGGAAGACCACGGAUGUGGCUAUGCUGGUGACCAUGUUCGUGUGGUUCUUCAUGGUCAUUGUUUAUGUGGUCUACUACGUGAGACAGAACCAGGCUGAGACCAGAAGACAUCUGGAGUAUCUGAAGAGUUUGCCCAGUCCGAGGAAAACAGUCACGGAGACAGAUACGAUAAGCACUGGUCUCUGAACUAUUUAUUUAUUGCCUUUCUUUAAUCAGGUAGGUUAUUGAGAACACAGUCUCUUUUACAAAGACAACCAAGAGAAGGCCUACGAAAUGGCCGUAGGGACAAUUCAUGUCUCUGUAUUGGGACGGAGCUUGUUAAUUGAAAAUGGACUAUCUAUAACAACUUUGACUUUAAUUAAAUGAUUACAGCAUUUUAUUUUUGUAACUACUGGGUCUUUUCCAUAAUUAUUUAUAUAUUUUUGCCCUAACUACAUUUAUACAAAAAAAAAUAAUGUUUUUUUGUAUCCACUGGCAUAUGCACAGCUUUAACGCUGUCCAAAUGGAGAGAAAGACCAGAAGAAGAAAGAAACAGAGAAGACAAUAUUGAUCAGCACCUUUCAUCAUCAAUACUGGUGGCUUUCAUCAUCAAUACUGGUGGCUUUCAUCAUCAAUACUGGUGGCUUUCAUCAUCAAUACUGGUGGCUUUCAUCAUCAAUACUGGUGGCUUUCAUCAUCGAUACUGGUGGCUUUCAUCAUCAAUACUGGUGGCUUUCAUCAUCAAUACUGGUGGCUUUAUACUGGUGGCUUUCAUCAUCAAUACUGGUGGCUUUCAUCAUCAAUACUGGUGGCUUUCAUCUUCAAUACUGGUGGCUUUCAUCUUCAAUACUGGUGGCUUUAUACUGGUGGCUUUCAUCAUCAAUACUGGUGGCUUUCAUCUUCAAUACUGGUGGCUUUCAUCUUCAAUACUGGUGGCUUUAUACUGGUGGCUUUCAUCUUCAAUACUGGUGGCUUUCAUCAUCAAUACUGGUGGCUUUCAUCUUCAAUACUGGUGGCUUUAUACUGGUGGCUUUCAUCAUCAAUACUGGUGGCUUUCAUCAUCAAUACUGGUGGCUUUCAUCUUCAAUACUGGUGGCUUUCAUCAUCAAUACUGGUGGCUUUCAUCAUCAAUACUGGUGGCUUUCAUCAUCAAUACUGGUGGCUUUCAUCAUCAAUACUGGUGGCUUUCAUCUUCAAUACUGGUGGCUUUCAUCUUCAAUACUGGUGGCUUUAUACUGGUGGCUUUAUACUGUUGGCUUUCAUCUUCAUUACUGGUGGCUUUCAUCUUCAAUACUGGUGGCUUUAUACUGGUGGCUUUAUACUGGUGGCUUUAUACUGGUGGCUUUCAUCAUCAAUACUGGUGGCUUUCAUCAUCAAUACUGGUGGCUUUCAUCAUCAAUACUGGUGGCUUUCAUCAUCAAUACUGGUGGCUUUCAUCUUCAAUACUGGUGGCUUUCAUCAUCAAUACUGGUGGCUUUCAUCUUCCAUUGUACUCGUAACAGGGACUACUCACCUUGACCAAAUUAUUUUUGACAGACAGAUAGCAGAUUGUUACAAACAUAUAGCCUGAGGGACUGUUUCUAUUCUGUGUAUCAUGUUCCAAAGGCAUGUGAUGUUGUUUCGUGUUCAGCAUGAUACGUCCUACUGUAUCUCUCUCCAGCCCUCGAUGAUCAGUGAAGGCUAUUUCAACCUCUCACUCUACAAGGUCACUGACUCUGAACCAGCCAGUCAUCUACAUUCAUAUCCUGUGUGUUUUAUCACCCUACGAGCAAGGACACAGCCUGAGAUUCUCUGGCAGGCCACUGUUGACCAAUUCAAAGUCUAGGUUGACAACUAAAGGAGAUCGGGCAUUUAUCAUUCAGACCCCGAGUCUUUGGAAUGGUCUGCCAAGGGACGUCAGGCUUAUAGAUUCAGUGCCUCUUUUUAAAUCCCUUACCGAAGACACACUUUUGUGAAGAUGCUUAGUGAUUUUAUUUUAUGAUGUGAAGCAUGUUACUUAUAUCGAAAAGCGAUAUACAAAUAAAGUUAUAAUUAUAUUAAACCCCACUAAUCCCUCAAUCCGCGCUACAUCCGUUCCUUCCUGCUGUUCUAAUGUUACCCUGGCCCUAGGAAGCAGGUGAUGAAUCCGUUUUUUUAGUCAUCAAGUACGUAACAAGCAAUCAUUUCUAAAUUGGCCAAGUUGGGAGAGUCUAGUGUAUGACGGCAGGGUAUCAGCUGUCUCGGAAGCAGAGAAAUUAAAUGAAGACCUGAUUUUAGAAUUGAUUUAAUAAUUAACAUUUAUCUUUGUUAAAAAUUAUCAGACGAAUAAAACAAACAAAGUUUUUUCUAAAGAAAUGCUUUGUUUCUGUGGAUCCUAACCUAUCUUCUUAGUGAUGUUUUAAGGACUGGUUUUCUGUCUGUGUGGUUAAAGUUAUGGUCCUAUAUUUUCCUCCUGGACUUUCUUAUUGUUAGUGAAGUGAGUUUAAAGAGACAGUUGACUUUGAGAUAUUUCCAAUUGAGCCGAAAUAUGCAGCUAUUACCGUGAAUGCAGUGUCCCCGAACAGUCUUCACGCGAUGGAUUGAAACUAGAGAUUCUAUUCAGUCAUGGAAGUUCAGCAUUACAGCCUAAUUGAAAUUUAAAGGCAAUGUUCCCUCUUUAGCAGAGACCGCAUGACGGCAAACAUUGCACAUGCCAGUUCAAUGGGAAAGGAUCUUAAAACGUAUAUCGCAGAAUCUGUAACGCUUCAGCGAUCCAGACUGAAUAGCUUAAUGUCGUGAACUAAAUGAAAGCAUGCAGGUGAAUGUGCAAUACGUUGAACAACUUUUUUUUUCUCUGACAUUAUUGAUUGAGAAUGAGUCCUGUACCAUAUUGUUGCUAUAUCAAUCAGAAUAGGAUAUUAUGUGUUUCAUGAAAAAAACAACUGUUUGUACAGUAGCCUAUAUGUGGUACGUUUCCAUGGAGAUAUUCCUAUUUCUUUUGUCUCAGACAAACCCUAAGAGGUUUUGUAUUGUGUGUGUAAUGUUGUGGCAUUCAGAGUUCCAUUCUAGCACAGGUUGUGGUAUAGCACUGUCAAUUUAAAUGAUAGCACUGUCAAUUUAAAUGAUAGCACUGUCAAUUUAAAUGAUAGCACUGUCAAUUUAAAUGAUAGCACUGUCAAUUUAAAUGAUAGCACUGUCAAUUUAAAUGAUAGCACUGUCAAUUUAAAUGAUAGCACUGUCAAUUUAAAUGAUAGCACUGUCAAUUUAAAUGAUAGCACUGUCAAUUUAAAUGAUAGCACUGUCAAUUUAAAUGAUAGCACUGUCAAUUUAAAUGAUAGCACUGUCAAUUUAAAUGAUAGCACUGUCAAUUUAAAUGAUAGCACUGUUAAUUUAAAUGAUAGCACUGUCAAUUUAAAUGAUAGCACUGUUAAUUUAAAUGAUAGCACCGCCCCUUUAAAUGAUAACCCAACUCCUUUAAUUGAUUGCACUGUCCUGUCAUUAACUGUAGUGUAAAUGUUUUAUGUCAUAGGCUACAAUGAAUACCACAACCUGAGUGACAAAACCAGUCUGUGGAGAUGCCAAUAACCCAGACAACAAGAACCAAGCAUGUCUCCUUCUGUGUCAUUUUUACAACGGGGUUUAUUUGUGAUGUAUUUUCGUCUUGCUGAUUUCGUUUUUCCUCCUGUUGUUUUAAAUGUCAAUAAUUAUUCUAACAAAGACGACGACAUCGUAGAUUCGGGAACCAAUACAUCAAAUAAUAAAUUAACUUUAAAACCAAAUUACGGGGGGGAAAAUAAAAUAAAAAAUAUAUAAAAAAUAAAAGAAACGUGGCUCUGUGUUGUUUAGAGAAAUGCUUCUACCUUUUAUUGCUAAGGUGAAAGGUGAAAGGUGAAAGGUCAGGAAAGAAAAGGGAAAAAAUGUAAAGACAGGAUGACAAUCAGUUCAUACAGUUACUGAUGAUAGCGGUUGGAAAUGUUUCUCUUAUCUAGCAUGCUUAAAAAACAAUCUGAAAAUAUUGAAAAAAGGUUUUUACAUUUUACAAAAUAGUACAUGAUAUGAACUUCGCACCUCCUCACAAAAUGUUGCAUACUCUCUCCGAUGAAGAAAACAACAAAUAAAAUGGGGUGCCACCCACUUGUGAUCCAUGGUC